AUGAAUGCGGUGAGCAGCCUGGACCAAAACACCUCGUACUUUCUGCCAAGAUGCACUCUGGCUGCGAUUCUCAGUGUUGGUAUCGCUGGCGUGGGGGCCACCCGGUGCCUGAAGUGCAUUGCGCAUUGUAUCCGUACCACACUGCCAAAGCCCCCAAGUCGGUCGAGGCCGUACUUGCAGCGCGUCACAACCCGUACCCGUCCUGAGGCUCUUACCAACACCCUCACACACUCAGAUGUCAAACGUUUCAAUGCAUUCGGAACGAUACAUGUACGGAGGAUAGGGCAUUAUUCCCAUCAAUAUACCAUAGAGGUAAGAACUGAGAGGUGUUGUGUGUGUAAUCGAUGCAUUUAUCGACUUGGUAUCAAAGAAAAUCAAAGGUUAACGCCCCAUUAUGCCCUUUUUUUCAUGAAUGCAAAAGCCAUGGCCCUUUGCCUGGGCCCCAUUGAUGCCGCAGCCCUUCCCAAUGCUAUGCUUUCAAAGAGAAUAACGCUCCCUCAUGUCCCCAUAACCCAGAUCAUCAUGUUUCCUUAUGAUUUCCACCGUGCCAUGAGAACCGCCGCCCUCUCCCUCUUUUACGGGUAUCAUUCCGCCGCCAAUACCCAUGAACCCCCAGGGAGUGCUGACUGGCGGGACACUAACGAUGAACACGGCUGA